AUUUUACUGAGGUAGAUAUUACAGCACCACUUAUUCGUUUGAUUGUUGUGCGCUUCGCUGUCCGCUUCUCCUGACGCACCAAUUCAGCGCGUUUUCCAGCAGAGAUCGUUGUGAGAUCGCAGGACGGGAGGAUGACAGCUCGAGUGUAUUUCUCGUUGAUUGCUGUUUUAUUGUGUCUGUUCGGAUACUUGAACCUAACUCACGCUAUUCAAAGACGAACCACAGUGAAGCCGGGUCAAUGUCCAAUAUCGGAGAUGAUUCCACUGUGUGCUAAAAGCUGUUUCCAUGAUGGCCAGUGUCCGACCCGACAGAAGUGUUGCCCAACCACUGGUGGCUUUGCAUGCAGUGAACCAUGUGGCCAGGGAAGAGGCCAGGGUAGUGGACAGGGCCAGGGACAAGGCCAGGGAAGCGGUCAGGGACAAGGCCAGGGUAGUGGUCAGGGUCAGGGACAAGGCCAGGGUAGUGGUCAGGGUCAGGGACAAGGCCAGGGUAGUGGACAGGGUCAAGGACAGGGCCAGGGUAGGGGCCAAGGUCAGGGACAGGGAAGCGGACAGGGUAGUGGUCAGGGCCAGGGAAGUGGCCAGGGACAGGGCCAGGGUUGUGGUCAGGGUAAGGGACAAGGCCAGGGUAGUGGACAGGGUCAAGGCCAGGGACAGGGCCAAGGUCAGGGACAGGGAAGCGGCCAGGGUCAGGGACAAGGCCAGGGAAGUGGCCAGGGACAGGGCCAGGGACAAGGCCAGGGCCAGGGUAGUGGUCAGGGACAAGGCCAGGGUAGUGGUCAGGGUCAGGGACAGGGAAGUGGGCAGGGACAGGGCCAGGGUAGUGGGCAGGGACAGGGCCAGGGUAGUGGUCAGGGUCAGGGACAAGGCCAGGGUAGUGGUCGGGGACAGGGUCAGGGACAGGGAUGUGGUCGGGGACAGGGUCAGGGACAAGGCCAGGGAAGUGGCCAGGGACAGGGCCAGGGACAAGGCCAGGGUAGUGGUCAGGGACAGGGAAGUGGCCAGGGUCAGGGACAGGGCCAGGGUAGUGGUCAGGGUCAGGGCCAGGGUAGUGGACAGGGUCAGGGACAGGGCCAGGGUAGAGGCCAGGGACAGGGUCAGGGACAGGGCCAAGGUCAGGGACGGGGAAGCGGCCAUGGUCAGGGAAACGGUUAUGGUCAGGGGAGCGGUUAUGGUCAGGGAAGCGGUUAUGGUCAGGGCCAGGGAAGUGGUCAAGGGAAUGGUCAGGCAUGUGGCCAAGGAAAUGGUCGGCGCCGUGGUCGUUGA